UAUCUUUUCUCUUUAUUUUUUAUUUUAAUUUGUUUUUCUGUUACUUACAAUUCAUUAUAAACGGUUUUUAAUCUCAAGUUCGCGGUUUAUUUUUCCAAUUAAGUUACAUUCUUCGACUUAUUCGAUUGAUUUAUGGCGGCGGGGACAAUGGCAACCGCCGCCGGAGCGGCAGUGCUAUUAUAUUUUGUGCUGAGUCGGCGACUGGCGGCGAAAGGCGCCGAUCAGAGUGGAGAUUUAUCGAAAUCGAAAUCAGUGAGGAGAAGGAUCGCUCGCCGACCGGCACAAGCACCGGCCACGUGGCUUGAAACGAUAACGACUCUUUCAGAAACCCUAAGAUUUACAUAUUCUGAAACUUUAGGGAAGUGGCCGAUUGGUGAUUUAGCUUUUGGCAUUAAUUACCUCAUCAGAAAACAGGGUAAUUUGCAAGUUGCUAGUGUAUAUGCUGGGAGUAAUUCUGUACAGUUAAAAGGAGCUGAAAUUAUAGAAGAGUUAAAUAGUUUGUUGAGGCUGUUAACACUCGGUAUCUUCUUCUCGAAGAAGCCAUUUCCCGUGUUCUUAGAUUCCGCUGGUUACUCUAUGGAAGAUGUUCUUCUUCAGAAACCUAAAGCCGGGAUUUUGAAGCCGGCUUUUACGAUUAUACAUGAUAAAGAAUCCAAAUGUUUUCUUCUGUUGAUUCGGGGUACACAUAGUAUUAAAGAUACGCUUACAGCAGCGACUGGUGCUGUGGUUCCUUUUCACCACUCGGUUUUACAUGAUGGUGGGAUUAGUAAUUUAGUUUUAGGUUAUGCACAUUGUGGAAUGGUUGCUGCUGCUCGUUGGAUUGCUAAGCUUAGUACUCCUUGCCUACUUAAAGCACUUGGUGACUGUCCAGAUCAUAGAGUUAAGGUUGUUGGCCAUUCGCUUGGUGGGGGUACUGCUGCGUUGUUAACAUAUAUUCUACGGGAGCAGAAAGAGUUCGCUUCUAGCACCUGUGUCACGUUUGCCCCAGCUGCCUGUAUGACAUGGGAUUUAGCAGAGUCAGGCAAGCACUUUAUUACUACUGUGAUUAAUGGAUCUGAUCUGGUGCCUACGUUUUCAACUGCUUCUAUAGACGACCUUCGCUCUGAGGUGCUUAAAUCCAUGCCUGCUAUUUUGGAGUUCAUUCUUUAUCAUCUUAUGUGUAUAUGUAUUUCUAAAUGUUUAUUGGACCAGGUCACAGCAUCAUCUUGGUUAAAUGAUUUGCGAGACCAGGUUGAGCAUACCAGAGUUCUGAGUGUUGUAUAUCGCUCGGCAACUGCUCUGGGAUCUCGCUUGCCAUCUAUAGCGAGUGCCAGAGCUAGAGUUGCCGGUGCAGGUGCACUUUUGCGCCCUGUCUCUAGUAGCACUCAGGUUGUGAUGAAGCGAGCGCAAAAUGUUGCCCAAGCUGUUGUCAGAACACGUUCAUCUUUAUCAUCAUGGUCAUGUAUGGGCCCAAGGCGCCGUUCAGCGGUUCCACCAGAAAAUUCUAAAGUGCAAGAUUUGCCAGAAGCAUCUAUAGUGUCUGAAAUUUCCGAAACUCUUGUGGCCGAAGUGCAAAUUGAAGACCUAAUACAGAACGAACUAGAAUGCAAUUCAAGUAGUGGGUCAGGGCACGAUGAUACCGAUGAAGAUGAGCCACUUAUUUCUCGUGAUGUAAUUAUUAGCUCAUCUAGCAUUGAAAAUGUUACCGAAGGUGAGUUGUGGUAUGAACUUGAGAAGGAGCUUAAGCGGCAAAAAAGUGAAGUUGAUCUUCAGGCCCAGGAAGAAGAAGCCGCUGCAGCAAAAGAGAUUACUGAAGAAGAGAAUGUUCUGGUGAGUGCAGCGGAUACCGACAACUCCAUAAACAAAACGGAUGUCUCAGAUGGCCACCAUUUCUAUCCGCCCGGUAGAAUAAUGCAUAUUGUUUGUACGCCUGCCUCAGACCCCGCCAAUGUAGAUAGUGAGAUGCCCGUCGAAGAACAUGUAGGUAUAUACGAGACACCUAGAGAACUGUACAGUAAGAUUCGGCUAUCAAAAACAAUGAUUAAUGACCAUUAUAUGCCUAUGUAUAAGAAGAUGAUGGAAUUGUUAAUCAGGGAACUGAAAAAUAUUGAAGACUCUGAUUCGGCAAUAUUACAUGAUCAAAUUUAACAGGAGCAUGUAGCAUUUCUACAAUAAAUGGCCAACGUUUUACUUGCA